AUGGCCAAAAGCGGAGAGGCUUUGCCACAGGGCUGCCCAGUGCCAGUCCAGGAUUCCCAUCUCAUCAAGGUGACAGUGAAGACGCCCAAGGACAAGGAGGAUUUCUCAGUUAUAGAUACAUGCACCAUCCAGCAGCUGAAGAAAGAGAUAUCCCAGCGCUUUAAGGCCCACCCUGAUCAGCUGGUCCUAAUCUUUGCUGGCAAGAUCCUCAAGGACCCUGACUCACUCACACAGUGUGGUGUGAGGGAUGGCCUCACUGUUCACCUGGUCAUCAAGAUGCAGCGUCAUGCCAUGGGCGCUGAGUGCCCAGCUGCUUCAGUCCCUACCCCAGCCCAAAGCCCUGAAUCACUCCCCCACCCAGCUUCCAUUUUCCCGUCAGAUGGGCCUCCCUCUUUCAGCUUAGGUGUCCUCACAGGCCUCAGUGGGCUGGGCCUGACCUCUGCUAACUUGCCUGACCAGCCAAGUUCACUGACGUGGCAGCAUAUAUCUGUGCCUGAGUUUGUGGCUCAGAUCAUUGAUGACCCCUUCAUCCAGGGUCUGCUGUCCAAUACAGGCCUGGUGCACCAGCUGGUUCUUGAAAACCCCCACAUGCAGCAGUUGAUCCAGCACAACCCUGAGAUUGGGCAUAUUCUCAACAAUCCUGAAAUCAUGCGGCAGACACUGGAGUUCCUACGCAACCCUGCCAUGAUGCAAGAGAUGAUGCGUAGCCAGGACCGGGCGCUUAGUAACCUGGAGAGCAUCCCUGGUGGCUAUAACGUGCUUCGUACCAUGUACACAGAUAUUAUGGACCCAAUGCUUAAUGCAUUCCAGGAGCAGUUUGGCGGCAAUCCUUUUGCUACUGCCACUACUGCUGAUACCACCAGCAGUAGCAGCCAACCUUCAAGGACUGAGAAUUGUGACCCUCUCCCCAACCCCUGGGCUUCCACAUAUGGAGGCUCAGGUGGCAGGCAAGGAAGGCAGCCUGGGGACCAGUAUGCAUCUGAAACUAGAAAUGGGGUCCCCAACUUGCUGGGUAUAGGGCUCUAUGACUACCUCCAGCAAUUACCUGAGACCCCGCAAUCCCUUGGAACCUACCUUCAGGGAACUGCAUCCUCCCUCAGUCCAAGAAGGGAACCAUACCUACCAAGAAACCGAGUUCCCCCAACUUCAUGCUCAUCCCAGGAACCUGGGUCAGGCCAGCCUGACUCCAAGGAGUCAGUAGCCAUCAAGGGAAACUCCUCCUGCCCAGCUUUCCUGAGAUACCCCACAGAGGGCAGUACUGGGCAAGGCAGAGGCCAAGAUGGGGCAGGGGAGGGCUCCACUGGCCAUAGCACCAAUAUGCCUGAUCUUGUCUCAGGGCUGGGGGAUUCUGCUAAAAGGGCCCCAUUUGUUGCUUCACUACCUUCCCCCAUGACAGCCACCUCUGGAGUCCCUGAGCCUGCCUGGCUGCCGCCACCAACUUAUCCAAGAUCUUUAAGGCCAGCUGACCUGAAUCAUGGCCCCCAGGUACAGGAUGAGAUGCAUCGACAGCUGCCACUACUGCUGCACCUUCAGGUGGCCAUGGCAAACCCUCGUGCAAUGAACGCCCUCCUGCAGAUUGAGCAGGGUCUGCAGAUCCUGGCAACUGAAGCCCCGCGCCUCCUGCUCUGGUUCAUGCCUUGCCUUGCAGGGUUGGGGAGUCUGGCAGGAGGUACAGAGUCUAGGGAGGGUACCCUUAUGCCUGAGGAUCCUCCUCCAGCCCCAGCUCCCGAGGUUCCCCAAACAUGGGCCUCUACUGAGCUGGGCCUCCAUUCAAUUUCCUUCCUCCAGAUGUUACAAGCUUUAGCUAGUACCAAUUCCCAGCAGCUGCAGCAUGAAGCUCACUUCCGGGUGCAGCUGGAGCAACUUCAGGCCAUGGGCUUUCUGAAUCCUGAAGCCAAUCUCCAGGCCCUCAUUGCCACGGGGGGCGACUUGGAGGCCGCUGUGGAGAGACUGAGGCAAUUGUAGGAGCCGUAGUUGUUCAGAUUACAUCUUUUCCUCUGUGCCUUCUCCUCAUUUCCCAUUCCCUCAGCUCCCCCAUUCUUGAAUGCAGCUGCUGUAUGAACGAAAUUUACUAUGAUGCACUUUACUGCAGAGACAUUGUUGUUC